AUGGCGUUCUCCGGUACGGCUGUCCCAGGCCCGCACUUGUUGACCUUGUCGCUGCUCGUCGGCGCAGGCAUGCUACUGUCCCUCCUCGCACAUGUUUACUGGGCCUGGUACCGCCUCAGACACAUUCCCGGGCCACGAUGGGCUGCCUUCAGCAAAUGGUGGAUGCUACGUAACACACUGAGUGGGAAGAUGCAUCUUGCGCUGAAGCGAGCCUGUGAUGAAUACGGUCCGGUCGUCCGCAUCGGUCCCAACGACUUGGUAACCAAUGACUCGGAGAUCUUGCGCCGCAUGUGGGCGGUACGCUCGCCAUACCGCAAGGGCGACUUUUACGACGCUAUCAGGCUCGACCCGACCAAGGACAACAUCAUUUCCAUGCGCGACGAUCAUGCACACAACGAACUCCGUGCCAAAGUGGCCAUUGGCUAUUCGGGCAAAGAGAACGAGUUCCUAGAGACAGCCAUCGACGUGCAGAUGCUGUCGUUGGUACGGUUGAUCGAGGAACGGUACCUUUCGACGUCUGGUGUCUUCCGUCCCAUGGACUUUGCGAGCAAGAUGCAGUACCUGACCCUCGACAUCAUCACAUCGCUGGCCUUUGGCGAGUGUUUUGGCUACCUCUCGCAAGACAAGGACGUGCACAACUACAUCCAAAUCACCGAAGAGAGCAUGCCCGUCAUGAUGACCUUGUCAGUAUUGCCCAGCCUAGCCGCUAUUAUGCAAUCUCCCUUCUUUCGACGUGCCAUGCCCUCGGAGCACGACCGUGUGGGUCUGGGCAAAUUCAUAGCCGUGGCCAAGAAGGUUCUCGCCGGCUCGGACACAACCGCCACAGCCAUGCGCAUGACCAUGGUCUAUCUCAUGACGACGCCCACAGCCUACAAUGCCCUCGCCAAGGAGGUACGCGACGCAUGUGACAGAAGUCUCCUAUCAGUACCUGUCCAGGACGCCGAGGCGCGAAGGCUUCCCUAUCUUCAGGCCACCAUCCGUGAGGGCCUCCGUGUAUUCCCACCCGUCACGGGCCUCAUGUCGGUAGCAGUACCACGUGGAGGCGAUGUCAUGCACGGUAUGAGCAUCCCGGAGGGCACGCAGAUCGGAUGGUCAGCCUUCGGAGUGCUCCGCAGCAAGGCUGUCUUCGGCCCAGAUGCCGACACGUUCAGACCAGAGCGUUGGCUGGAGGCGGGUGACGAGGAGCUCAAGGCGAUGACAGCGCAAUGGGAGCUGGUGUUCAAAUACGGAAAGUGGCAGUGUCUCGGCAAGACUGUGGCACUGCUUGAUCUGAACAAGAUCUUCGUCGAGCUUCUUCGUCGCUUUGACUUUUCGCUGAUCGACCCCAUUGAGCCGAUGAAGUCAUACUCAGCUGGUAUUUUCAUUCAGUCGAACCUGAUGGUCAAGGUUGUUGGUCGUGGCCCAUGA